AUGAAAACCACACCUGCAGAUACAAUUCCCGCGCUCGUAGGUCGACUCCGUGCGACGUUUCUCACGGGCAAGACACGUUGCGUUGAGUAUCGGAAAAACCAACUGAAGCAGCUAUACUUUCUGGUCAAAGAUAAUGAGGAGGCAUUCGUCGACGCCAUUGGGCAAGACUUAGGACGACCAGGCAUGGAAACGACAUUUGCAGAAGUGAUUGGGAUCGAGAACGAUCUUGCUACAAGCAUAUCGCAACUGAGCAAGUGGUCAAAGGAUGAAUGCGUGGGCGCCGGACCGCCGUUCAUGCUGCACGGCACGAAGAUCCGCAAAGACCCGAAAGGCACUGUGCUCGUAUUAGGAGCCUGGAACUAUCCGAUCACUGUACAGCUGGGUCCCAUGGUAGGUGCGAUUGCAGCAGGAAACACAGUCAUCCUGAAACCGUCGGAACUAUCGCCACACACGGCGCAGCUCAUCGCUGAUUUGUGGUCCAAGUACAUGGAUACAGAAACGACCGCAGUCGUCAAUGGAGGCAUCCCCGAGGCGACUGCGUUGUUGGACCAGCGCUUCGAGCACAUCUUCUAUACGGGGAAUGGCCGCGUCGGCCGUAUUGUGGCAGAAAAAGCGGCGCGUUGGCUGUGCCCAGUAUCGCUCGAGCUGGGCGGCAAGUCGCCAGUCAUUGUUGAUGCCUCAGCGGACUUGAAGAUCGCAGCGCAUCGAACACUGUGGGCGAAAGCGUUCAAUGCGGGUCAGACGUGUGUGGCGCCAGACUAUUGCCUUGUGGAUCGACGGGUGCAAGACAAGUUUGCGCAUGAGCUCCUGCAAGCGCAGCGCGAGUUUUGGCCAUCGAGGGACCACCAGGAGCGUGAUUUUGGCCGCAUCGUGUCAGACAACCAUUGGAAGCGAAUUCACAGCCUUGUUUCUUCGUCGAAAGCUGAGCUUGUGGUGGGUGGCACAGCUGGCGCGGACCAGGCGAAAAGGUUCAUCCCACUCACGAUCUUGAAAAACGUCGACGCGUCUGACUCGGUCAUGACGGACGAAAUCUUUGGACCUGUCCUGCCGAUUGUCCCAUUUGAUACGAUCCGCGAUGCCGUGGACUUUGUCAAUGAGCGAGACCAGCCACUGGCACUGUACGUCUUUACGAGUUGCAACGAGACACGCGACUACAUUCUGGCAUACACACGCUCAGGCGGCGUGGUGCGAGGCGAUUGCUUGCUGCACUAUGCGAUUGACAGCCUGCCAUUUGGUGGCACAGGACCGUCGGGCUACGGCUCAUAUCACGGCAAGGCUGGGUUCGAUUGCUUCACACAUGAGCGGGCCGUCGUGGAUGCACCCUCGUACGGCAUGUUGGGCAAGCUUGUGGAAGUCGUCAUGGCGCGUCGGUACCCACCUUAUUCGAAGAGCAAGCUCGACUUUUUCCGUUUCGUGCUGCCGAAACUCGUCUGGUUUGGACGCCCGCCACAGCCGACGCGCUCUAGCAAAUCGAUCGACCACCCGCCAUCCAAGGUACGUACUACCGCCCCACGACAUGGUGGUCACCCGUUGUCACUAGUCUAA